ACAAGAUACACAGAUGUCAGGUUUGUUACGUUGGUAGCAGACACCCACGCUCAGAUUCAGUGUCGUUAGUGGAUGCAACAGACUCUUUUAUCAUAUCAGACGCUGGUUUGUAGCAAGACGUUUCAAAUGCAACGGAGAGUUACAAUGGAUCUUGUCAGGGAAGUGAGGAGUGACAGGCUUGCUAAUUAACUAGUAGCUAGUUCCUGGCUAACAGAAGAUGGAAGCUAGCUCGCUGCCUUCAUCUCGGGGAAACCCUCACUAAUAUUAGCUAACUCGGUGUUAUUCAAUAACCCCGCUAGCAUCAGAUGUUCUGCUAAACUCGCGCCCGUUAGCUAGUCUGUCUUAAGAGAAACUUCAGCGAUGGAGGAAGUUGACAAAAUUUUAAUUCACGCCCUCAAACAAGUCGGAACGGAGGUGAGCGAGGAGAUUGACAGUGUCAGACAGUUCAGCAGUGAGCUGAUAGUGGAGGCGGUGGUCAGAUGUAUCCGGGUGAUCGACCCAGGCCUGGGCAGCACGCUGCCCACGUCCCUCCCUCCAGGCAUGUCUGCUCGCUUCAGAGUGGGCAUGAGCCUGGCUCAGGCCUGUCAGGAUAUUGGUUAUAAAGGAGAGAUCGGCUACCAGACUUUUCUGUACAGCAACGAGCCAGAGAUCCGCUCCCUGCUCAUGUGCCUGGUGGAGAAGCUGCCCAGAGAGAGUGCUGAGACCUCAGACCAGCCAACAGGUAAAUCAGUGGUCCUCCAGAGAGCCAUUGCUGCUGCAAUCAAAGCCCAGCUGGCUGUCCCCUGGCUGCCUACAAACUGCAGACUGCCACUGCACGGUGAAACACAAAGUCCAGCAGCACUGCACAACUUCCAUGUUCAGCCCCUUAGUUUACCAAACUGCAGUAAAGGUCCAGGAAAGAAGCAGCUGAAAGAAUUGAACGACUACCAGCGAGACAUUCUUCCUCCCGUGACCGCCCAGCCUUCCCAUCAUGCUUCUGUGGUGGCAUCCAUACUGGAGCAGCACACCGCUGAGCUGAGUGCUGCUCAGGAGUGGGACAACGAGUGGAACAGUCAGGGACUCCUGUCUCGCCUCACUCCACAGGAGUACCAGUCACGGAAGCUGACCCGACUGCGGAAACGCAUCGAGGAGCAGCUCCGCUCUGCUGCACUGCCCUCUCCUGAAAGUGCCUUUGGUGGUCCUCGCUCAACCUCUGACCUGGGUGAGCUACUGCAGGCCUUUAGAGCCUCCGCCCCCUCUGACCACAUCCUGACCAAGGGUACUCACUUCACCCAUACACAGAAGUUCACCUUCACACAGGAGUCAGCAGCAGUAACCAACUCCAUCCCCUCCAGACUUCAGUCAGAGGGUGAUAGCCAGCAGCGUCAGCAGGAGGAACUGGCUUCACUCCAGCAGCAACUCCAGCAGCUUUGCAGUGAUGUCAACCAGCUAACAGCAGACAUGAAGCACAUGAGUGUCACUAAUACACAGGUGCUGGAUGAGUUGAAGCAGAGAGAGAUGGGGAACUCUGAGAAAGAGGAGAAGAUGCAGGUGAAGAAGAAAACAAUCGACCUGUUGCCAGACGCAGACAACAACCUGCUGAAGCUUCAGGCUCUGGUGGAGGCCAGCGCCAAGCGGGUGGUGAACCUGGCCUCUCAGUGGGAGAAACACCGCGCUCCACUCAUCGACGAGCACCGCAGACUCAAAGAAAUCUGCAGCAACCGGGAUUUGGAGUCGUCCAGAAAGCUGUCUGAGAUCAAGUCUCUGCAUGACAAAAUCCGUGUGUCCACAGAGGAGGCCAGGAAGAAGGAGGAAAUGUACAAACAACUGGUGACGGAGUUAGAAAACCUUCCUCAGGAUGUGUCUCGGUCAGCAUAUACUCAGAGGAUUCUAGAGAUCGUCAGCAACAUCAAGAAACAGAAGGAGGAAAUUACGAAGAUUCUGUCAGACACCAAGGAGCUGCAGAAAGAGAUCAACAGCCUGACAGGAAAGCUGGACCGGACCUUUGCUGUGACUGAUGAGCUGAUCUUCAAGGACGCCAAAAAAGAUGAAUCUGUUCGCAAAUCCUACAAGUACCUGGCUGCUCUUCAUGAAAACUGUAAUCAGUUGAUCCAAACCAUCGAGGACACGGGCACCAUUUUGAGAGAGAUUCGAGAUCUAGAGGAGCAGAUUGAGACUGAGAACGGGAACAAAACUGUGGCCAACCUGGAGAGGAUUCUGGAUGACUACAAGGCGAUCCGACAGGAGAACUCUGCACUCGCCGCCAAAGUCCGAGAAGGCUGAAGGUAGUGCUGCUCUGUCCUGCUCUGCCUGCUGAGGCUGAAGUUGUAGUAAAAACAUGGAGCCGUAGAUGGAUCUGAUGGGACUGAAACAGCACUCCAGGUUUUACAGUGAAGAGACUGCUGUUCAUUAACACCGCCCUCUGCUGCCAUCGGAGCCAAGCUGAUUUUUCUACCAUGGAAACUAAUCUGGAUUUUAAUGCACAACAUGGAUGGAUGGAUGGAUGAAUGGAUGGAUGGAUGGAUGGAUGAAUGGAUGAAUGGAUGGAUGGAGAAGACAAUUAGUUUUUCAUUUCAAACUGAUCUCUGAUGGUCCAGGCUCUGGUUUGAUUAUUCUGUACCCAAAUGAAAUGUAACACUGGGCAGCAGGGGGUGCUGUCAGACCUCUUCUGUUCAAAUGUGUAGUCAUUCAUAUUUCUGUAUGAAAACGUUUUCAUAAGAUAUCUUGAUUAAGAUCAAAUGUUGGAUUUUUUAUUACAGGAAGACAGACAUUAGCAGUUCCAUUGUCAUGACUAUAUUUGAGUAUGGUGAGUGAAUGGCAUUUGAAUGUAGUCCAUUGAUAAUGUUGUCCAGCCCCAUCAGCAAAGUAUUGUUGUAUAUAUGGCACCAGCUUAAAUAAAGAUGCCUUACAAACUUGAA